AUGACGAGUUUCCAACUUUUCUCCUCUUCGCCUUUUCUUUGUGCUCUAGGCUUUCUAAUACUAGUUCUUGUCAAUAUUCAGUUAUCUUUAAGUAAUCCUGAUUGGUUUGAACAUUGUAGACAUCAUUUCAUGUGCGGGAAAUUCAUAGCUGGUUAUCCUUUCUGGGGAGGCGAUCGCCCAGGGUUUUGUGGCCACAAGGAUCUGGAGCUUUAUUGUAAGGAUGAUACGACAUUCAUGAGGAUCAAUCAUGUAGAAUAUCGUGUUUUGAAUAUCGAUGAGUCAGCGCAAGUUCUAAAGAUUGCGAGACAGGACUACUUGAGCGGCUUCUGUCCACCUGAUGAAAAAUUGGUUGACACCACCAUUGACUGGACACUUUUUGAAUACUCUCCCGGGUAUGAGAAUUUCACAUUACGUUAUGGUGUCCCUUUUGAUCCGAUAGCUUGCUCCAUAGAGAAGAUGGAGAAGCACUUCAACUAUACGGAUGGUUUAAUAUCAAAAGUAGAAUUUGGUCCUAUGAUUAGGUUCACUGUCAAUGUCACGGUUCUUAAAACUUUCCUUCAAGAAGCAAAACGAAGUCUAUCAGGUUUGGAAGAAGCCCUGAAACAAGGAUUUGAAGUGAAGUGGAAGGUGAAUGGCACAGAAUUCUGUGAUAAGUGCAUUCAAUCCAAUCGAACUUGUGGUUAUGAUAAUAUCAAGAAUCAUACAACUUGCUAUUGCCCACAUCAACCUUUCCUCCCCUUUCAAGAAGCAUGUCCAACCUCGCCUAUAGGACAACCCCCACAAGGUCCUCCAGAUACAUCAGGUAAGUACCUCAAUGUUUAG